ACAGUCGCUGAUGCCAUCACGACGUCCAUCAUUUCCAAUCGGUAUCUGGUGGAGGCGACGGAGAUGCCGUGGUCGAUGAGCGUCGAUUUCACGGACAUCGCGAGCGUCCAUGUCCUUAUCUUGAAGGACGUAGCAGAGGCCUACAGCGAACCAGGAGCCGUGUCGAGGUGGUGGGUCGACCUGUCUCGCGAACUCACCCACUACAUCGAGUACGGGACUUACCUCCAAGCCGAGACUAUGGCUUGGAGGGACACCAAGAUCGAGUGCUUCUUCGACGAGGCGAGCGGAGGGUGCCUGGCCUUCGAGUGGAUGGGGAUCGAUUGCUACGAUGAAUAUGUGAUUAAGGACCACGUCUCCGGCUACCAGGAAAAGUGCAACCAGCUCCACCCCGACAGGCCCGAAGAAGGUUCUUGCGUGAGUUUCUGUCCUCUGUACCAGCGCCACGUCGACCAGGACUCCGCCCGCUGGAUCCAUAACAACAUGGGCGUCGUCGUGGAGGAAUGGGCGGCACUGAAGCUCCAGGCGGACGGGAUGGCCCAGCAGGCGUCCAGGUACUACAAUCCGCGUACAAAGGACAGUCAGUAAUGAUUUCGAAAUUUUGAAACAUGAAGAAGUUGACCAAAAAAAAAAAAAAAAAAAAAAAAAAAAAAUGAUCCUCUCAAAGACCAAGACGAAAAAUGAUGUCAAUUUUUCAAUGAUUUCAAAAAGACACUCAAAGUUGAAA